AUGAGCGAUGACAACUUUAGUACGCCGGAGCAGUCGUCGGAAGAAUCUGAUUCGGAGGUUGAAGACGGCGGUGACGGUGUGAAUUAUAGUGCAAAUUUCGUGACAGACAAGGUUUUUCGAACGUUUGAUGAAGCAGUUAUGAAAAACGAUGUAACUGGGACUCACAACCAUCCAAUGAUUGCGUAUCCAGAGGGCCAUCGUAAAAUAAGCGAGUUAAGCCCGGAAGCGAAGCAGGUUGUGCGUAACAUGACCAAGUCUAAGGUAGCACCGCGUAACAUCAUGGCGACUAUUGCCGAGCAAUUUCCUCAGGAUCAUCCAAACAUCAGACACAUCUACAACUGCCGAAAUGACUUCAGAACCGAGAUGUCAGAUGGGAGAGGAGUUAUUCAGUUUCUACAUUUGGCUAGACAGAGUCAGUAUGUCUACUGGGUAUUGUCUGAUGAUCAAGGCGUUUUACAGCACGCCUUCAUGGCGCAUCCAGUCAUGGUAGACAUCCUACGGACGUACCCGUAUGUGAUCGGUAUGGAUUCCACAUACAAGACCAACCGAUACGGAAUGCCGUUCUUUAAGAUAGUUGGUGUGACACCGACAAAUCAAAAUUUCCUCGUUGGUUACGUCUUCAUGCGCAACGAGUGCACGGCCAACUAUCGAUGGGUUUUGCAGAGAUUGAGAGACUUGAUCGGGUUUGAUAAGGAACCGUCGGUUUUCUUGACUGAUCGUGAGCUGGGGCUAGUUGCGGCAUUGAGGGAAGUGUUUCCAGGGACCUCGCACUUACUUUGUCGAUGGCAUAUUAACAAAGAUGUUGAGGCUCGUGUCACUGAUAUGUUUAAAAGCAAAAAGGUCGGUGCGACAUUCAAAAACGGGAGAUGGAAACGUGUGAUGGACGCUGCAACCGAGGAGGAUUAUGAGGCUGCUGUAGAGACGAUGAAACUGAAAUGGGCAAGUUAUCCAAAGAUCAUCGCUAUUCGUAAUGAUUUGGAGGCAUCUAGGUCGAAGAUUGGUCAGAAGUACCGACAAUUGCCAUUGUCAUGUAUUAACGGCAAGGUGUCUCAGCAUUGUUUGAAGAUUCUCGACAAGGAGACGAAAAGGAUGAGGGAUCUGAGUUAUCAGGUGUAUGAGCGUUGCGGAUGUGCAUUGCGGGUGACCCAUGGUUUGCCAUGUGCUUGUAAGAUACAUGAGUCUUUAGCUCGAGAGACGGGCUUGUAUAGUAGGCAAAUUCACCAGUUUCUAGAAGACUUUGGUUAUCAGCAAUGGUAA